GUCAGUCCGUCGUGCGGCCGUUUCCAAGUCACCGCCCCUUCUUCUUGACCGCCGCUGCUCCGUUGCCCUUUCAUUCAUCUACCUCUUGCUUUCUCUCGUUUACCUCACGCGUCGGGAACGCCCCCUACCUCUCCAUUGUCAUGUCCCUCAAAGCCGAGCUCGAAACCUGGGCUGCGGCCCUGAAAGCAUACGAUGAAGAGGACUUUGAGAAGGCCCUCGAUCUAUUCUCUCGUAUAGCAGACUCGUCUAAGAUUCUCACCAAUAUGGGACUCAUCUACGCGACUCUUGGGGAGCAUGAAGCAGCCGUCGAGCGCUUCAUCGAGGCGACCGGAUUGGACUCAUACUUGGCUGUCGCAUACUUCCAAUGCGGUGUCUCUAACUUCCUUCUUGCCCGAUAUGAGCUCGCAUACAAAGAUUUCGAGGAGGCUCUCUUGUAUUUGAGAGGAAAUCAGGCCAUCAAUUAUGAACAGCUCGGACUCAAGUUCCGUCUCUUUUCUGCGGAAGUUCUGUUCAAUCAAGGCCUUUCUUUGAUAUACAUGGGCCGGCUCGAUGAAGGACUGAGGGACAUGGAGGAGGCCCGACAGGUGAAAGUGACGGACGAACACAACGUUAUUGAUGAUGCCAUCGCGGACCGCGGAGAGGGAUACACCGUUUUCAGCAUUCCUGUGGGCGUGCUCUAUCGGCCCUCUGAGAAGAAGCUUGCGAAUGCCAAGACGAAGGAUUACAUGGGGAAAGCAAAACUUAUUGCUGCCAGUGACUCCCGAGACACGACAACAGGAUUCACCGGUGUUGACCGCCUGAAUCAGGGGAUCACGCCUUCCAACGUGUUCAUUGAUGGAGAUGCCGGACCUCUUGCACGCAGUAACACUCGACUACCCCAGCCUCCUCGCAACGACGAUCCCGGUCCUCUUGUCAGAUCGAAAACAGUGCUCAAUGUCCCCGGCAACUCUCGUGAAAUGACAUCGCCAGGUCCUCAAGCCAUGGAUGCUCCUCGACCAUCUCCCGGAGCCGGAGCCAGUCCCGCACGGAGCAACACUAUGCUCAACACCGCUCGGGCGUCGCCGAAUGCGGCUGCAGGUCCUGUGCGAGGGCUGAGUGUGAGACGCGGAGGAUCGCCUCCGGGUGUGAACAAGCCGCUGCCGCCAAGAGACCCUGCGCCCAGCCGACUGACGGAGAUCUACGAUGACUAUCUUGACGCGUAUACUGAAGAGGCGCCGCCGUUGCCGACCAAUGGCCCGGAUCGCGUAGCUAACUGGGCUCGGAACAAUUCGAAUGGUCCGCCGCCUGUUCAACGCAUGGGUUCCCGUAGUGCUCCGGGCAGCAGCUACGCCCCCAGCUCAUAUGGGGGUGGUUCCGUGCGGAGGCGGGUUACCAGACGGAAUACGGCGCGCAGGAUACAGAGUGCUUACGAGGAGGAAGAGGAGGGCUAUGUCAGCGGGGAUGACUUCGACGGGCCAUUUGAACUCAUUAAGAUUCGUGUCAAGUUGCACUACGACGGUGACGUCCGAGGAAUGGCACUCACACCCGAAACACCUUUCGAGGAAUUCAUGGAGAAAGUGACGCUCAAGUUCUCUAAGAACAUCAAUGGUCUACAGCUCAAAUUCAAGGACGAAGAUGGCGGGAAGGUGUCUCUCCGGGAUGAAUCCGACUACGAGCUUGCCAUCGAAACCGCUCGAGAAAGCUCGAAGGGUAAACCCGAGGGCAAAUUGGAAAUCUGGUGUCAGGAUGCUUAAUGGCCAUCAUGCCAGUCGUUUUCUAUUUUCCUUUUGCUGUAUUUUACAUUAUCGUAUCUUCUUCCCAUUUACUAUGCUUCACUCACGGGCCGGCUGCUUUGCGAUUACAGUGGCACAUUGUACGUUGCUGUACAUAUAGAAAUGCAGAAAACGUGACAGGAUUCAUGACCGCUGCUGGACUCCAAACGAAUGGCUGUUAUCUGCAUACGGGUAGAUUGGCCUGCUGUCCAUCGCAUGUGUCUCCACUGGCGCAUAAUUGAAGCCCUGCGAACGGAAGGUCUCCUCGCGCAAGAGCCCUUCACGAUGCAACUUCUUCUUGUACUCGGAAAUGAUGUACACGCCAUCUGGAGGACAGGUCAAUCCGUGGCCACCACGCAACGAAUGACGACGCACAAGCCUGAAUUAGAAGCGAAACGACCGUCGAGGCGACCAGGAUGCCGACAGAGGUCCUGGACGUCACAUUACAUGCGUCAAUGACCCUCUGGUCUGUCGACGCAGCGGUGCACAACUUGGUGAACUCCGAUCGGUUCACGAAAUACAGAACGAAGAACGCGACGACUGCGACGACCUGGAACCCAAAGAAGAGCAUCAUGAGGCCCGAGAACACGGCGAUAUUUUGCGGCAAGAACAGUGCGCGAGGGAGAUUACCCUGUGAGUGCGAUGAGAGCAACGAUGCCAUAAAACACGUCCAACGCUAUCACGGCGAUCUUCGUCUUCG